AUGGGCGACGCAGGUGUGAAUCCUUCGGCAACAGGCAUGAACCCUUUGGCGACAGCCAAACUGCCGAUGCUCAUAAUGGGUGGCUCAGGAUUCAGUUACCAGGUCACCAAAGAUCCAGAGUCAUUGAAUGUCGUCAGUAUCUUAAGAAGAGCGUUCGACCUUGGCCUGAGAGCCAUCGAUACCUCGCCAUACUACGAGCCAUCAGAGCAACUAAUGGGCCACGCCUUAACCCAGCCGGAAAUAGCAUCAAAGUACAAAAGAAGUGACUACAUAUUGAUGACCAAAGUGGGAAGAAUAUCGGUGGAUAAAUUCGACUACUCGCCGGCUUGGAUCGAGAAAUCAGUCACUCGAUCUCUUGCGCGAUUUCAGACCACGUAUCUUGAUGUUGUCUUCUGCCACGACGUCGAGUUUGUCACCCCUGAAGAAGCCAUCACUGCCGUGGGCACUCUAUUCAAGCUGCGUGAUGCAGGUCACUUCAAGUACGUUGGUAUAUCUGGAUAUGACAUUCCUGCUCUAGCACGGGUAGCAUUGGGAGCACUGGAGCGGUAUGGCCGGCCGAUAGAUAUCGUGCAAAAUUGGGCACAGCUCACGUUGCAAAACACCAAGCUAGAAAAACAGGGCCUCCAGCUUUUCAAAGAUGCGAGAGUCAGCUGUUUGUGUAAUUCUAGCCCCCUGGGCUCUGGGUUACUGAGAAAUGGGGGCGUGCCAAUCGGUGCGCUGGGUGAUUGGCACCCAGCGCCUCCGGCAUUGCGUGCUAUCUCCCAGGAUGUUGCUACGUGGGUAGAAUCUCGGGGUGAAUGUCUCAGCGCUCUUGCCCUCCGCUUUGCGCUCUCUAAGGCGUGGCGAGCUUCGCAUGACGGACUGCAUGUCAGCACAAUCAUCGGCGUCGGUGCCAUGUCGGACCUCGAGGAGAAUAUCAGCACGGCGAAAACUAUUCUUCGCCCUGAAAAUGGCUCGGCGGKUGAGGAUUACGAGACUCUGGAUAACUUCAGGUACUUGAAUGAGGACAGGGAGGCCAAAGAUUUACCCCUUUACGCGCAGGUCCAAAAGAUGAUGGGAUCAUGGCUGGAUUUUGAUUUCUCUUCGACCUGA